AUUUGGUCUGACCUGGAGGAAGAGUUGAAAGUUUGUGGCAAAAGAGUUGGUUAUUUUGAUAAAAUUGCUAAUUUUUUGAUCGUACUACCGUUGCAGAAAGGUAUCGCAGGGUUUAAACUUGUGUGACAGUAGACCUUUCGAUUAACAAUGGGAAACUACAUGUCGCUUUAUUUAACCAAUCCGGAAGGAACUCCUAAACCGCUCACGGAACCUAGCUUUGAUCCUAAUUUUGGUUUUCCGAAUGGCCGUAAGCAAAGAGUUAUGAUUGCUACCGAGCAGGAGAUGGAAGCUGCCAAAAUUCCUUUAGAGGAUCGUGAUUAUUGUGCCCAUAAGCUGAUUGCCCACAGAGCCUGUCGAGCGGACGUUUGGCCAUGGGCAUACAAAUGUGCUCAUGCAAAGCAUGAUUAUUUGAACUGUGAAUAUGAGGACUACAUUUAUCGGAUGAAGGAAUAUGAACGUGAGAAACGUUUGUUGCUUAGAAAACAGAGAAUAGAGAAAAAGCGUGCUAAAGAGCUUCUUGCUUAAUGAAACCAUUCGUUCGAAGCAAAGCAGCAACUCUGUCUCCUGCAAGUCCUUAUUAAAUAUGUUAAUUUUAAUGGCAUCUUGUGGAUGACCACUGAGAAGCAUGCAGUUUGUGUUUCAGUCAGUUCUUCAAAACAAACGAGUAGAUCGCAAUAAAUAAUAAGAAUCGGAUGGGCUGUCAAUA